AUGAAGGAUACACAUCGUCGUCACCAGGACGCCUGGACGGCCGUCGCAGUGCCUCGACCCAAUCUGGCUCCUGCAACAGCACAUCACCAUUACCUGACGAGACCCAAAUGGUCGACCAACACAUCCGAUUCUAAUGGACACGACUCAUGUCAGAGCGCAAAGCGCGGCUUCCCCGUGUUUAGAAACGACCACAGACCCAGCUUGGCAUCAGUUUCGACAGUUGAACAGCCAUUGCUGCGGUCAUCGACUACAACCUCCAUCGUCUCAACCGCCCCAACAACAACCACACCCUUGCCCGAACCACAACCCCAGCGCCCUUUCACCGAAAAAUACGGCCGCUGUCUCGAGAUUCUCCACUACGGCUCCAAUAGUACCGUACGUCUUCACCAAACCAAGCUAUCCGCUUACGAACAGAAAUCAAAACAACUCUUCGCUAUCAAAGUCUACCGCUACAACAAUAACAUCGUCGAUUGUCCCAACGCUCUCGCACGCACAUCAUCCUGCCCACCAUCGUCCAUCGCAAACAUACAUCCCCAUCACCCAAACAUCCUCGCCAUAACAGACCUCCUCUACAAUGAACGCGGCGAACUCUGCCUAGUAAUGCCCUUUUGCGCAGGCGGCGACCUCCACGAACUCCUCUCCCGCUCAGGACCCCUCUCCACCCCCGAAGCAGACUGCAUAAUCGCCCAGAUUCUCCGUGCCUUGUCCUUCCUACACGAACACGGAACCGCCCACCGCGAUAUCCGCCUUGAAACAGUUCUCCUCACACAACACGGUGCUGUAAAGCUGGCCGGCUUCGGCGACGGACAUAUCCGUCGUAUCUGGAACGGGUGUGCCAUCGCACCAGCCUCCUCCAACGAAACAGACGGCGAAACCGACGCCCAUUCCUCACUCCAUUCUACUCGCUCCUGGUCCUUCUCUCUACCCUGGAUUCUAGCCCCGUUUAGCCAUGCCUCCCCUGCAAAGGGGAAUACAGGUGAUACGGCGAAUUCCACAGCCUCGUUCCCCGGUAUGAGUCUACCGUAUAUCCCGCCGGAGGGAUUUACGUACCGACCGCGUCGGAAGUUGUGGAGGGAUACGAUUGAGUGUGAGGAGGACGAGGACGAAGAGGAGGAGGUCCGGGAUCCACGACCGGCGGAUGUUUGGGCUACGGCGAUUAUUUAUCUGGCUCUUGUUACUGGUCGGUUACUUUGGCGCAGUGCUAGGCCUCAUCGGGAGGAUGCGAGGUAUUUGGAGUAUUUGCAUUGUCGACUCGGGGAAGAUGGGUAUCCGCCUAUUGAGGCGUUGGGGAAGAGACGUCGCAACGCUAUUUAUGCAAUGCUACACCCCAACUCGCGUAGACGCAUUACUACGAAGGAUAUGUUGCGGUCUGAAUGGAUGCAGAGUGUAUCGGUUUGCGAGGCUGGGGAGAAGGGGUAUUGA